CUCUCCUUGCUACAUCGUUGUGCUACGUCCUGCCACCUCUCCAUUGUUAUUAUGGCUGUAUGUAUCAAUGGCCAUUCAACAUUCAAUACAUACAUUUCAGCUUUCUCUGUCAUUAUUGUUCUCCGGAGCUACACCUUGUUUCUCGUAACGCGUCAUCCUCCCAGUCCUUUAAAGCUUGAGUGCGAAACGCUCCAGACAAUUUCGAGUUCGCUCUACUCUGCCACCUAUGCCAUCGUCUGUGGUUGUUAUUCCCCGCCCUGCUCCAGCCACCCAUGAAACUCAUGAAUCCCCCAAUGCAUCAUCGCACGGUGAAAUCUACCGCGUCUACGAAUCUUUGCUCCAUCCGUUCCAUCAACUAUGCAUGGCGGCACUCGACAAUACCUCUAUCAAGACUAGUCCUGCCUGCCGAAGGAUCAUAGAAAGCAUAUGCUCUUCUUCGAAUCUAUCCACCAAGCCUGGCAUAGGUGGACGAGGAAAGGAAAGACCUGCAAUUCUUUGUCCUGCCCCGGCCGGCUUACCGCAUCGCGCAAACGAGCCAUGGUUAUUUCUCAUGGGAACCUUCGGUGGCCAAGAUGCGACGACUCUUCCUCAGAUCUACAAGGACUUUUCGAUCACUGUCCGCACCGGACCCCCCAACAAGGAUGGCACAUUCUGCAUCAGAACCAUUCCAGAAUGGCGAACAUCUUCCCCGGGAAAAACUCAACAUGUUGUGGUGAUACCUGUGACUCCGGAAAGUGGGGUACCUCCUGAAGAUCAUUGGGUAGCGUUCGGGACUCGCAACGGAACGUAUCGCGUGGUUUCUGCGGACUUGGCUCGGCUUGUGAGCCUUAGCACGGUAAAGUUGGGCGAUUUUUUCGAGAAGCUCAGUUCAAACCCGAAGUAUCUCGUCAAAGUCGCGAACGAACUCGAUAGGCACGAACGGCAGUAUCGUGCCCAAAAGAAACUCAAAUACGCCGCCAGUCGCAAAUCCUUCAACAUGCAGCAGCUGGAGCGGGGCAUGCAGUCGAUGCAACUCGCCGACUCGACUAAUACCGGCUUUGACCGUGCCCCGAUGAAUCGGUCGUCACCUUCCAAGAAACCUGCACCCUCGGUUUAUAGUAAGGCCUCCGCGCGCGUGGUUCUGUGAUCGAGCCUCGAAACAUGUCCUUUCGUAACUUAUUUAUAUCUAUAAAGUGCAUGUACAGCACGAUUCUUCUGUUGAUACGUUGGGUGCCAGCUCACGGUGCUCUUCUUUGCAUCUCCUCUCGGGACCGCCGCCUGGCAGACUGCAUGUUCAAAUGGUCAACGCAUCCGUUAGAUGCCAACUUUUGGCCAGCUUCUCGAUUUAACGAACUAGGUGGAAGCGCGGGAGCAUGAUAUAGCUUUUCAAAGGACUUCAUGGAAUUGGUUAAGCAUGUAGUUCUCCAAUCUUUUGUUACGCAAUUUCAACAUCAGCACGUCUUUGCUUUUACUCGCUG